CAAGCACCCAGAAAUCGCGGAGUCACACAGAAACAGUGCAAAAAUGGAGUGGACCCCAAUGGAGAUCAACCCGGAGAUGCUGAACAAGGUGAGUAACGGUUAAGCUAACCAGGCAAGGGUGACGUAAUGUUCACCUUAAGUGCUCUCUUCUAUUGUCGGAUGAUGAGCAAGCUAGGCGUGGGUGAAAGCUGGCGCUUCGUUGACGUGCUGGGUCUGGAGGGGGACCAACUCUCCGCAGUCCCUAAACCAUGCUGUGCCUUGAUGCUGCUCUUCCCACUGACGCAACAGCAUGAGUCUUUCAGGCAGCAGCAGGCGGACAAGGUUGCAGAAGAUUCUGAGGUUUAUUUCCUGAAGCAGACUGCAGCCAAUUCCUGUGGCACUAUCGCCCUGCUGCACGCUGUGGCCAACAACAAAAGCAAAAUGACAUUUGAUGAUGGCUCUUCCCUGAAGAAGUUUCUAGAUGAGACUGCAAACAUGUCUGCUGAUGACCGUGCUACACAUCUAGAGAACAACCAGGCAAUCUGGGAGGUUCACAAUGAGGUUGCAGUGCAGGGCCAGUGUCUGCCGGAAGCCGAUAAAGUAAACUUCCACUUUAUUGCCUUCGUCAAUGCAAAUGGAGAACUUUAUGAAUUUGACGGGAGAGUGAAUGGACCGGUGAAGCACGGCGCCACCAAAGAGGAGUCCUUCAUAACGGAUGCAGCCAAAGUGUGCCGUGGAUUCAUGGAGCGAGAGCAAGGAGAGGUCCGGUUCUCUGCGGUGGCUCUUUGUCACGGUUAGAUAUUCGGGAGGACGUGCAUUCGUAUUCUAAAUCAAAAUGCGCCAUAAAGCACAUUGUUGCCACAAACUGUUCCUUCAUCUCUUGAAUAAAGUACACAUAAACACAAACUCUACCAAACCAUUAUCGUUCUGCUGACAAACUGACACGCACUCGUCCAAACUGUUUUCUGUGAUGUCAUCCAGCAAUGGGAAUUGUAAACCAUGAGCUCAGAGCUCGCCACUGCUUGUGUGCAUUUGUCUUUCUGUUUGUCAAAGUAAAAAAAAACCUGAUGCUUAAAUACCUUUUGUGCCAAUAAAUAGACCAGAGAAGGAAAAGAUGGAA